UUGACUCCCCCCGAAACUCGUGCCUCAAACCUUAUGUGAAGCGCAGAAUUCUGCACAAGCGUCUCGCCAACUCCCUUAUGUUUGAAAUUAAUCAAAAACAGUUUUUACCCCCAACAUUACAACAAUUAUUUAUUUUUGAUUAUUCAGUCAAAACUUUGAAUGAAAUUUCUAAAAUUUGCCCAAAGCUUUGGUUUUUAUUGUUUUAUAAUCAAUAUGAUUAUACUGACGAAUUAACUGACACAAAAAUUCUUAGUUUGCUUCUUAGUCCAUGUUCACCUUUCUUUUACACAAUAAACAAAAAAUAUUUAGAUUUACAUCCAAAUUUAUAUUUUCUACGUGCAUUAUCAGUUUACGAUUAUUCUCCACUUAAUAAUUCAGAUUUAUUAAAAAUAGCCUCUUCUUGUCCAAAUUUGGAACAUUUAGAUUUUUGUUGGGAAAAUUAUGUUCGUGAUUUAGAGGGCCCAGUAGAUGCUCGACAAUUAGAAGCUCUUUAUUCAUUCAAAAAACUUUCUUCUCUUUCAAUAAAAAUUUUUAUUAUUUUGAGAGGGUGUGUAAAUGAAUCAAUGCCUUUUCACAGCUUAUUUUGUGAUAAUGGAGAUGCUAGAUUUGAUGAUUUUAUUUUUGAAUUUUUAAUUAAAUUAAAUUCAAUUACUCCUUUAAGGAAUUUGGAAUUACAUAAUCCAUGCUCAUUUUGUUUACAUAGUGAAUAUGCAUUGAAACUUUUGAGGAAUUUAAAUGCUUUAGAGACAUUUACUUGUACUUUAAGUAGUUAUUUUGACAGGGAUGAAUUUGUUGGAGAAAAUGAAUUUUUUCAAAAACUUGAUAAAAUAUUAAAAGAAAAUGAAAAUAAAUUAAAAGCUUCUUUCCGAUUUUUGUAUCGAUAUUAUGGAAGAGGACCUGAUACUAUUUUUAAAUGGAGAAAAGGAUAUUUAUUUGAAGUUAUUAAAGUUCCUAAACCCGACCCUUUUAGAGAUUUUAUUUUUGGAAAUUCUGUUGUUUUGAAGGAAAUAAUGAAUGAAAUUUUUGGAAAGAGAAAAACUCAAAUUCUUUUAAGAAAUAUGGGGAAUGAAGUUAAAGAAAGAUAUAAUUUAGAAUCUAUGUACUAA